AUGGAGGGGGAGAGCUCCGUGCGUGUCCGUGGCGAUUCCCGAGGGCGGCGAGGUCGCAGGCCCCGGGGACCGCGCGGAGAAGCCUCCGCCCUUGCAGGAACCAGGGGAAGUGACACGACCCGGGCCGGGCGGACCCCGUUCCUGAGAGGGGAAAGUGUCUUUCCAGGUGCCUCUCCCGCUGUGGGAGGAUCCGGCGUCUCCAGGAGCUCCUGCGGGGUGCGAGCCCCCCGCAACCCUGGCGCUCCCUGUCCCGGGGGCGCGGGGCCGCGGCACAUCGCCCGGGGCUGGCCGGGCCGGGGCACCGAGGGCCAGGGGAGGGGUGGGAGCCCUUUGCAAGGGCCCCGGGGCCGGCGUGUGCCCGGCCCUAGCCCUGUGCCUCGGACCUGCCUGUGUGCGAGGGGAAAGAAGCAGCUGGGCGGGCGGGGGAGGACGGCAGCGCCCCUCCUGGACAGCGGCUCCUCAGCGUGCAUCCCGGGGGCGGCGGCCGGAGGGCCCCCGAGGGCACCCGACGCUUAUCCCCGGACCGUCCUUCCUGCCAGGAGACACGGCAGGGUCCGGGCCGGCCCCGGCAGCGAGGGUGCCGUGAUUCUGGCGGUGCCGGAGCCCACCCAGGCCGACUGCCCGGCCACCCGGGGCUGCGGGGCGCUGCCGCCUCGGGGCUCUCGCGGGGUCGUAGCCGCCCCGCCGCCCUGUCCCUUGCGCGUUGUCCCCGGGCGCUUCAGAACCGCGGCACCGCAAACCGGGGUCCCCGCCCGGCGACACCCCCGCGACCCUCACCUUCCUCUGCGGCGACAGCAGCGACAGAGGCGCCGCGAAGGCUCACCGGCCGCAGGACACGCCGAGCCCCUUGUCUUCCCGGUGACAGUGCACACCUCGGGAUUUCCUAUCCCUCGCGGCAUCCAAGGUUAUAGCAAGCAUCGUCAACGUCGGGGAGAUGUUUUAAGAUUCAAAGGUUUACAGGACGUGCCACCUCAGAGCCCACGGCCACCUAAGGCACCCUGGACGGCACUUGUGAAAUGCAGCCCGUGCGGGGAAACCGCGCUGACCUCGCUGCCCGCGGGCUCCCGCUCUGCCUCCCGCUCCGGCCGCACCGGGGCUCCCGCACACCGCGGCCACCCCUGCCCGGGACCCGCGGGGAGCUGCGGGAUCGGGACAGGGGCUGCGGCUGGCUGGGCUCGUUUCUGUGACGGAGCUACGCACGAGCAGCGAAACAAUACGACCCUUUGGCCAUCAGCGCAUCCUUCCUCCCCGCGGCUGCUGGCGAGGCUGGGCGGACUCCGGAGCAGCCAGCUCAGCUCAGCUCAGCCCAGCUCAGCUCAGCCCAGCUCAGCUCAGCUCAGCCCAGCUCAGCUCAGCCCAGCUCAGCCCAGCCUCAGCGCCGGCACCUGCGCCCUCCCGGGCCGCCUCAGCCGUGCGGGGCACGGAGCGCGCCCGCCGCCAAAGCGUCCGGGGGCGUCCCGGGGCAGGAAAGGCCGGACCCUUCUGUCUCGGGAUGGGCUGAGGACUUUUGGGAGACGGCCAGCGCCACUUUCCCCAGCUGUUCCCGUCUAGCCAGCGCCAGGGAG